AUGCGGCCUCAAUCUGGAGCGGCUCUCACGCUGCUGGCUGUGGUGAUUGAUACAGUCACAGGGAAAUGCAAUUCGUGGCAGACUCAGGUCAAUAUAUCCAUUUGUAACUGGCAAGGCCUUCGAGCCAACAUCAUUCGCGACACAAUCUACAUAGACGGAGGGGAGCUAUGGUUACAGCAAGGAUAUUCGGAUGGUUGUGUGAAUUAUGUCAAUGAUGGCAACCUGCAGGGUUCUAUCUAUUCUUUGAACCUUACUACCCCUUUCAACACCAGUUCGAACUUCAUGGACGUUCUUACCAACACGUCUAUCGCCGGUGGGGCCGCCAACAACAUAGCACCAGGCUAUGUCGAGGGCGCCAUGUUCGCCAACCAUGACGGGGGCAUGCUCCGUCUCACAAAUAGUACCGAAUCACCGCCCGAUAAUACAGUCCUCGGGUAUGAGGCCUACCAGUAUGCGGUGCUUCCGUUUCCGUCCCCUAGUGAGGAUAUAGGCUUCCUCUUCAGCGGUAUGCGCGCCUCACACUGGGGCUCCUUCACCUACGAUGGGAUGGAAUCCAACAUGACAGCCGACACACUUAUCUCUGUCAACCUGAAGGUGAUGCGAAAUGAAGAAUGGACCAACAAUACCCUUCCAAGUUAUGUUCCCGGUCGUGCUGGUGCCGAGGUGGUCUGGGUUCCUGUAUCUGAAUCUGGAGUCUUAGUGGCCAUUCGCGGAGUAGUUGACCCUGUCGAGCUCUGGCGAGAUACUGGGCUGGACCCGUCACAAACAACACUCAACAAGAAGAUCAGCCCAUUUUUCAUGGAGACGGUCUCUGUCUACGACGUUGAUGGUCAGAAAUGGUAUCUGCAAAAUACGACGGGUGAGGUGCCUCCACAACUCACCCAGUUCUGCUCGGUUCUUGCCAGUGCCAAUGAUGGUUCAUCACAUAAUGUCUACAUUUACGGUGGGUACAAUGGUUACGAGUAUGACUCAGUUCCAUCAGAUGAUGUUUAUAUAUUGUCUUUGCCCUCUUUCAAGUGGAUCAAGGCUUACAGCGGGACCACAAUACACGGCCGCAGUGGGCACCGAUGUAUCAAGGUAUAUCCGAAUCAGAUGCUUGCUAUUGGAGGCCUGCAUGUCGACCCAACGAACUGUGUAGAUGGCGGCAUCAUUGUGAACUUCAACCUCAAUACUUUAGUUUUCCAGAGUACUUAUGACCCUGCGGAAUGGAAUGAGUACAAAGUGCCGGAUAUAUUGAUAGCAGAGAUUGGCGGGAGAACCAGCAUAACCACGGAAAACAAGCAAGGCAGCAAAAUCCCUUCAUGGGCUGCCGCAAUCAUCGCUCCACAGCCCGCACCAGCCGAGGAACCAAAACCUACUGACACCGAAGAUCACAAACUUACGGACGAAAGAGGUGCAAUUUCCCCAAGGCCCGGCCCGCCAUCCCACUCCACAGGCGUGGAGACUACACAAAACUCGAGCAUAUCGGCAGCAACUCCCGUCACUGUGGAAUCAGGAGGAGAUGCCAUCUAUGAGAUCCAGGAUUCUUCUCCCGUCGAGCUGCCAUCCCCAUAUAAUAUAUCAUCUGAUUUUCUGAACGCACCUUUACAACCCAGUUCAGCCUAUAGCGGACAGUCCCUCAUCCCACCAGAGACUCCUGGGUUUAAUUCUGGAACAUCUUCGAUAUUUUUCACUAGCCGUUGGCGCCCGUUAUCUCUACCGAUCACGAGGCCACAAGGGCUGUCAAUCACUCCGAUGGUGGGAGGCCAAGGCUCGUAUUUCUCUGAUAAGUUCAAUAGCGCAAACUUGCUGCACAGCCGGCAUGUAUCUGAGGUCUCGGAGAAAAGCGGUGUUUUGAAGGGUAGGGAUGAGACGAGACGCAUUCCGGGCAGCAAUACGAUCCACGAGAAGGAAUAG